AUGUAUAUAGAUGCACCUACAAGAAAGCCCAAGACCUAUAUACUACCGACGUUAGAGGAUCUUGUGGCUAUGUCGUAUCCUGAGUAUGUGGUGAGUAAGGUACCUUUGGAAAGUCUUACUUUGAAAGAAGGCUCUUUCAGUGCUCGGUAUACGGAUUUGAGGCAUGAGCGAUUCUUUACGCCAGAGAGAUUCCGCUCUUUUAUUCGACAGGCUCAGUGUUCUGAGAACUUGGAGUUCCUUAUUGACAUUCAUAUGUACGAGAAGCUAUGGAACAAGACGUUCCAUAAAAGAGUGAGCAUACUUUCAUGCAACUGGAUUAGAGUGAUCCCCGAUGGAGUGGAUGUUACUACUGUGAGAAGAGAGGGCAGUAACAGGCACAAGAAAUCCCGGGGGCGAAGUCGUGAUGCAGUCAACACUGCUGCUGCUGCUGCGGAUUGUGCAACGCCCAUUGUUCUUACUACAGGCGUGUCUACGCCGCUAGUUAAUACGCUUAACGAAUCUCUCAAGAACCUUGACCUCAAUGAUGUUAGCUCGAUUGUUGAUGUGACGAAGCAUGGAGUUUAUGUGAAUAAUAGUUUAAGCACGGUCAGACGGUCUGAUACCGAGGCACAUAUAAUUGGCCGAUCAAGGAGCAAUGGGAGCAGUAGUAAUACUGUUAACAAGUCAUUAGCUGAAUUAUGGUCUAACUUAAUAUGCACAUACUUCAAAACUGACUCCAUACAAGAACUCAAUCUCCCAAACGAAGUGGUUCGCUCGGUAAUGAGUGAGGAUUCAAAGAGGCGAGAUCACGAGCCCAAAGUGCUUGUCAAAUCUAAGAAACUUAUCCUUUCAUUACUUAGGCAGAAUGUUUAUUGGAAGUUCAUAAGAAGUGCGGAAGACGAAAUCCAGAGGGAAAGUUCUGGAGAUCAAAAUCGUGCUUUUUCUGCAAACCAGAAAAGACGCGGUCCCGCUGGAGUCACAUUUAAUGGUACAGACGAGGGUGUGAUGAGUCCAGAUGCUAAAGUCCGUAGAGCAUCAUCUGGAUCUACAGGAUUGUUGCGGUUUUAUACAGCUCGCCAUGCAACUGAAGUGAGUACUUCCCCAACAAAAGUAUAUAGAGCAGACAUUUAUCCAGAUAAUGAUUUGGAGCCAUCGUUCUCUUCUUCUCCGGACUCAGUUUUAUCACCUAUUUCUUCUCCUCUAUCAUCCCCAGAAUCUUAUCAUUCAAAGGCAUCGUCAGUAUUUGCUCUCAUGCCAAGAUUACUGCAUAGAAAGUCGCAUUAUAAAAAGGAAGAGAAAUCAAUUGGAGAUGGAACCAGCUCGACCAGCUCGGAAGCUCGGCCUAACUCUCCUAUCAGGUUCAACCCUAUAAAAGGUCAACUUUCGCGAUCAUCCUCGUCGUCAACAGACCAGCAGUCUAGAUCAUCUAGAUCAUCGAAGUCAUCCGCUAUCUCCAAACACAAGUUUCUACGGUACUUCAAAGAUGAGAGAUCAAGUCUCUGA